UAAAGACCCGUAGCAAACUCAAAUUUUGGCUUGUCAGCCAUCAGCGAGAAACAACCUAGAAGGUGGGCCCUCGGGCGGAUAGGCAAGAGCUUUUAAGAAGCGAGAAGCACAUGAGCAUUCACAUUCAGCAACAAUGGCGAGCACAGAUAUCAAUAGCAGCUCUAGCGCCGUCACCCCCACCCCUGUUUCACGAAAAUCGAGGUGGUCUCUCGCCGGAAUGACCGCUCUCGUCACCGGCGGCACUCGUGGUAUCGGGCGUGCUGUGGUGGAGGAAUUAGCGGAGCUUGGGGCGGCAGUGUACACCUGUUCCAGGAAUGAAGAGGAACUGAAACAACGUUUGGAAGAGUGGAAAGUAAGAGGUUUUGAUGUUGGUGGUUGCGUCUGUGAUGCUUCUUCUGUGGCCCACAGGGAGGAGCUUUUUCGAAGGGUCUCUUCUUGUUUCGGUGGAAAGCUCAAUAUUCUUAUAAAUAAUGUUGGCACAAAUAUCAGGAAGGGAACUGCUGAGUACACUGCUGAAGAAUAUUCAAAGAUCAUGACUACCAAUUUGGAAUCCUCCUACCAUGCUUGUCAACUUGCUUAUCCUCUGCUGAAAGCAUCAGGAUCAGGAAGCCUAGUGUUCAUUUCAUCAGUAGCUGGUUUGGUGCACGUAGGUUCUGGAUCUAUCUAUGGAGCAAGUAAAGGUGCCAUCAAUCAGCUUACAAAGAAUUUGGCUUGUGAAUGGGCCAAAGAUAACAUUCGGACUAAUUGUGUUGCACCAUGGUACAUCAGGACAUCACUUGUAGAGCAUUUACUCGAGAAUAAAACGUUUUUGGACCAUGUAGUAUCCAGAACCCCUCUGCGUCGUCCCGGAGAAUCAGAAGAGGUAUCAUCCUUGGUGGCAUACCUCUGCAUGCCUGCUGCUUCUUACAUCACUGGCCAGAUUAUUUCAGUUGAUGGAGGCUUUACGGUCAAUAGUUUCGACGGUGUUGUGUAGUGGCUCCUAUGUGUAAACGCAAAUUCAUGUUGAUAAAGGAUUUGUGUUAUAUCCGCUCUCCUUUUAUAUUUUGAUAACAUUGUUCCAUUAAAAUGUUGAACACCUUGAAAGAUAUUUUCUUAUUGCAAGAUCCUGUUUGGGUGGGUUGUCUAUAUUAGUUCAAAUUGAAUAAAUCAUUAUAGUCUACAAUUUUUUUUA